AUGGCUAAACGAACUAAAAAAGUUGGCAUUGUUGGAAAAUAUGGUACACGUUAUGGUGCAUUAUUGCAUAAAAUGGUUAAAAAUAUGGAAGUUACACAACAUUCAAAAUAUAGUUGCUCAUUUUGUGGUAAAGAUAAUAUGGAACGAAAAUGUGUUGGUAUAUGGAAAUGUCGUUCAUAUCAAAAAAUAGUAGUCGAUGGUGCUUAUGUUUAUUCAACAUUAACAGCUGCUGUUAUACGUUCGGCUGUACGUCGUUUAUGUUAUAUGCGUGAACAAUAA